AUGGCUCACACUCUCCCUUCCCUGCCCUAUGGCUACGAUGCCCUCGAGCCCAUCAUCUCCAAGCAGAUCAUGGAACUUCACCAUCAAAAGCAUCACCAAACCUAUGUCAACAACCUCAAUGCCGCCUUGGCAGCCCACGCUACUGCAACACAGACAAAUGAUGUCUCGGCCUUGAUCUCCCUGCAGCAGAAAAUCCGCUUCAACGGUGGCGGUCACAUUAACCACUCCCUUUUCUGGAAGAAUCUCAGUCCACCUGGCACACCUGGGAAUGACCUUGCCAGUGCGGCACCGUUUCUGCGCGAAGCUAUUAUUUCGCGCUGGGGAUCGGAAAAGGGAUUCACUGAUGCCUUCGGAGCUGCCUUGUUGGGAAUCCAGGGAAGUGGAUGGGGAUGGCUGGUCAGUUCGGGAGGUCCGAAGGGACGGUUGGAGAUUACCACCACAAAGGAUCAAGAUCCGGUGACUGGGGUUGAUGUGCCGGUGUUUGGAGUGGAUAUGUGGGAACAUGCUUACUACCUUCAGUAUCUUAACAACAAGGCUGGAUAUAUUGAGGGAAUCUGGAAGAUUAUCAACUGGGCAGAGGCCGAGAAGCGAUACACUGCUGGCGUGCAAAACCCUCUCAAGCUGUGA